AUGUACCCUUUAAUGUUAGAUUAUGAAUUAAAAAUAUUAGAAGAUACAAAAUCUGAAUCAUUUAUUUUGGUCAGUGGGCAUGGAAUUCAUUUAAAUACACUAAUCAACAUUAAUAUUUUGAUGUAUUUGAAUAAAUAUUCAUUUGCGUUUUUACUUAACUUUGAUGAGCUUUCACUUCCUUUUUCUCACGAAUAUUUAAGAAUAUUGAAAAAUUGUGAUAAACAAGCUCGAAAAAAAAUGUAUUUGAAAGGUGGUGUAUUUGUUUGCAGUAGUAGAAUUUUACUUACUGAUUUUUUAGAGAAUAAUAUAAAUAUAGAAAUUAUUUCUGCUAUAAUAAUCAAUAAUGCUGAUAGAAUACGUGAAAAUUCUUUAGAAGCUUUUAUUUUGAAUGUUUUUAGACGUAAAAAUGCACACGGUCUUAUAAAAGCCUUUUCAUCAAAUUGUAUACCAUUUGCAUGUGGGAUUGGCAGUUUAGAGAAAUACGCCAAUACAUUCAGAUGUAAUAAUUUUAUUUUGUAUCCUAGAUUUCAUGAAGAAAUUCAAAAAUCAUUUAAAAAUGAUAUAAAAUUUUUGCAGCAUGAAUUUAAAAUGCCUGAUGAAAUGAUUGAACUGCAAAUGAUUUUAAUAGAAAUUUUAAAAGAACUAAUAAAAUAUUAUAAACUUGAUGUUGACUAUGAACUUGUUUUAUUGUCUAAUAUAUAUUUAUCAAAACAGGUUUUUGAUAUAUUAGAUAUUAAAUUUUUAUUAAUUUUGUUGUAUUCUUGCAAUUUAUCUAAAUUUUAUACAGAGUGCAUUAAAUUGAUAUCUAAACAAAUUGAGUGUGGUAAAGAAAGUACAUGGCUUAAUAGUAAUUAUACGAAAAUUUUAAUUGACAAAAUAGAUUUAUUUUUUGCAGAAAAUGAACAGUUUGUUUCUUUCGAACAAAAGGAGGUCUUUAAAAAUCUUAAAUAUUUUUUCAAGCAUAAAAAAAUAAAAAAACAAGAAGAGCAUAAAUGUGAAUUUGAUAGUGUUAUAAAUAAUCAGAAUAUAACAUUUGAUACACAAGAUUUGGAUUUUUUAGAAGAACUAAAAAAACCAUUUUUUAAUCUUAAAUUUAGAAGAUUAAUCAGAGAAUUGAUACUACUUGAGAAUGAGAGUUGUUUUGUAGUUUUUUCUUCGAUGACUGUUCUAAAUGAUGUUGAAAAUAUUGUUAAUUUGUUCAAUAGUAAUUUAUUAAAGAAUGUUAAACUCUUGACAAAAAAGCAGUUUGUUAAUUCAAAUCUAUUAUUUUCUGACGAUGACCUGAAUAGUAGAUUUAUUAAGAUGAAUAAGAAUCUUAAUUUAAGUAAGAGUAUUGAUGAGUUUUAUACUUUUUACAUAGACAAUAAUAGUGAAGAAGAGGAUGUGUCGGAUUUUAAAGUUAAUAAUGAUAUUAUUUUUAUAGAUGUUGCUAAAAGUUAUAAUUUUUUUUUAUAUGACAAAGAUUUGGCUUCAAUUAGAAAAUGUGAAUACAUAGGAACUAAAGCAAAUAUUGUAGUGCAUUCAUUCCAAUUUAGGGAUUCUCUUGAAGAACAAAAUAAUCUUCUUUCUUUAAGAAAAGAAAUAUCUUAUUUUGAACAAUUAAUUCAAAAACGUGGUAAUUUACCAAUACUUUCUGACAUAAAUAGAAAUAUUUUAGAAGACGAAAUCUCAGAUGAAGAUGAUUGUACAUAUGACAUUGUUGUUGACUCGAGAGAAUUAAGAGCAGAAUUACCUUUUUUUCUUUAUAAAGCGGGUAAUAACAUUAUAAUUGCCACUUUGCAAAUAGGAGACUAUUUGAUAAAUGAAAAUAUAUGUAUAGAAAGAAAGAGUAUUGGUGACUUUAUAUCUUCGAUGAAUGCAGGUAGGUUGUAUUCACAAAUUAGGAUACUUACAUAUCAUUACACGAAAGCAAUUUUAUUGUUAGAAUUUAGUAGUCGGCCCUGUCUUUCAGAUUUUUAUAAUCAUAAUGCAGAUACCUUUAGGAAUUCUUUAAUAUCUAAAUUCUGCUUCUUUUUAAUUACUUUUCCAUCUAUUAAGGUUUUAUGGUCUGAUUCAACAUUUUUUACUACUAAAAUUUUCAGAAAAAUGCAAAAGAAAAAUUUAGAAGAUGACGUUGUAAAAAUGAAUGUUGAAAUCAAUCCAAUUUUACAAGAAAUAUUACUUUCAAUACCCGGUGUUAAUCAGUUCAAUCUAAGAAAGGUUGUUAAACAUUAUAAAAAUCUAAAACAAUUAGUCACUAGUAAUAGAAUAACACUUCAAAGAAAUCUUGGACAAGAUACCGGAUUUAAAAUAUACAAAUUUUUUAAUGAUAAUUUUGAAGAAUAA